AGACUUGACCAAAUGACGCCAAACAAAGAUGGCGACGGCCUCUGUGGUAGAAACCUAAUUAGAGUUGGGGCACUUUUUGUUAUUACACGGUUGAAAGAAGGCUACUAGAGAGUUAUGGGGUUGGAGCGGCUACUGUGUGGAACUCUGGAGCGUUACUCCUCUCACUUCCGAUUCGGUUAUGUUCCUCAGAAAGUCCGACUCUUUUGCAACGCCUCGAUGUCGGCGGAGGCUUCUCCGAGCAGCAGCGUGUCUACCCGGCUCGUGAAUGGAUCUGAACGGUUCGGUGGUGUCCACCCAGGCAGCCGUGGUUUCUGCACAUCCACCCAGCCCUCCAGAGAUGUAACCUUGUUUGAACACGACAGAACCAAGUUCUUCCGGCUUCUCUCGCUGUUUUGUGGCGGUCAGUUUAUCUUUUGGACGUAUCUGGCCCAGUUCGCUUUCACUGGGCUCAAAGACACGAGCGGAACCAAAGAUAAUGGGAGAGCCAAGCAGCCCAUCACCACGGGACUGGCCGGGAUGUGGAGCUUUGAGAUGAACCUGGGAUCAAACGCCUGGAGGUAUGGCUUCACGCUGGCGUGCCUGGCUCUAGGAGCAGGGAUAGUCGGGCUCGGGGCACUGUUCUGCCGACGCUCCGUCAGUAAAGUGGUUCUACAUCAGGGCGGUAAGAUGGUGAGUGUCUGGACCCAGUCCCCCCUGGGACCGGGCCAGGGCAGGACCAUAACAGUCCCGCUGUCGCAGAUAGCCUGCCACGCGCACAGACAGGAGUCUCCCUCCUUCAUCCCCCUCAGGAUCAAAGGUCACAGGCUCUACUUCCUUCUGGACAAAGAUGGGACUGUAAACAACGUCCGUCUUUUUGAUGUCACCGUUGGAGCCUACAGGGCAUUUUAAUGUGCUUACUGACCUGCUACCGACUUGGAUUUUCAUUAUUUCUGUUCCAGCUAAUAAAACAUUUGAAACCAGUUAAAGGCCUCCACCAACAAACCAACCAUUGAUUGGACCAUCCAGUCGUUGGUCUCACCGAACCGUCACACUUCCCUGGUCCUCCACUCAUCAAACACUCAUGUAUUCAGCACCAGAACACCACAGGUGUGAGAGGUUCUCCGCUCGGUAACACCAGAGAAGGAGAAACAGCUGGCUGCUACCACUUCAGCUUUAGGACAAACUACCAGAGUCCCAAAAAGAACAACUCCAUUUGAAGUAACGAACAACAAAAGACGUGUGGACCUAGAAAACAGCGGUAGGUGUUUAGCGCCAUCUCUUUUCCUCCGGUAUGGUGGGCUUCUGGUUCCAGCAGAAGCAUCUCAUGGAGGAUGCCCGAGUGUUCUGUGACUGAACCGAGCUUGUUCUGCAGAUUCGCUUUAGCAGCCUUCAUGUGGAUCAUUCUCCUGAUGAGUGUUGUCUGCACCAUGUACACAAUCUGUGAUUUCCCUAGGCUUAUUGAGUUUUUCCUGAUGCUUUGAAUCUUUUUUAUACUUUUAGUUUCUUAAAAGAAAUGAUUGAUUUAUGUAGCAUGUACUGAUGGUUAUAUUUGAUUUAAGCAUGCUUUUAGAUUUCACAUUAAAAUACUUAUCUAUAUAUCUAUAUCUAUAUAUGUGUGUGUGUGUGUGUGUAUGGCUUUAAAACUCCAAAGGUCAGUUAAGUCAUUUCCUGAAUAAAUAUUGGCAGCUUUGUAACAUAUAACCAUAAAAAUCAGAUCUAAAAUACAUGACAGUGGGUCCAAGUCUUUGGGCAAUGCCAUAUUAAACUCCAUGUUUCCUUCUAUGUGAGCUUGUGAGGACAAAACGAAUUCACUGGCCAGAAGAAUGGAUAGCUUUGAUAGCAGGGCUCUGAGAACAUUGAGAACAUCAGGUGGCCCCAGCGGGUCUCCAACCAAGUGUGAAGAGAACGCACGUGCCAGCCCAGUGCAUCUUGCCUGGCAGCGCAACGCCACACCCACUGGCUCGGCCAUGUCCUCCGUCCUUCUUUUGACCACUCGACCAGAGCCAUUCUGCAGUUUGACCCGUGGGCCGCAGGCUGGAGAUGACCCGAUGGCUCUUUGUUGUUGCGGGCGACCUCCCAACUAUUCGGAGUUGCUGUAGCAAAUGCAGAGCAGCUGGCACGAAACCGCCAGCACUGGAGACAACUAGUUUACCUGGUAGGCUCAACGCACUGAUGCGGGAUGACACCCGACCCUUCGCAGGAGCCUUGAUGAUGAUAAUGAUAAUAUACUAUAUAUAUAAAAUUGGCUGAAACAGUUGCUAAGAAGUGGCGUUUUAACCUUUUAUUCUGGUUUUGUUUCCAACACAUUUCACUGGAGGGUAGAGUGAAGGGAACAUCGCUGUAACAUCACCAGCUGGUCAUUUACAGCCUCUUCUGUUAUCAGACCUGUUGAGUCCUGCUAUAAAAGGGCAAGGAAAUUCCUGGACAAAAAGCCAAUGUAUCAUCACUGUCCGAUUCUGGAUAAAUAUUCUAUACAGAGUUUCCAAAAUUUUAAACAUUUUAAAUCUGCUUGCCUGGUGUAUAAAGUUAUUCAUGGUCUAGCCCCUCCACCACUGAAUGAUUUUAAUAUUCAAAAGUCACAUAGGGACUCUUCCCGAUUAACUCGAGCUACAGUUGGAGGUGACUGUGAGCGCACGCUUAGGCGAACGACAUUUUCUCAAAAUGUUCUGUCAUUCCAGGGCUCGACUUUUUGGAACAGCAUUCCUACUCAAGUGAGAGAAAGCUCAAGUUUUAUUAUUUUCAAAAGACAAUUCAAACUGUGGCUACAGGAAACUCAAAGAUGCAAUCAUAGAUGAGACUUUUGUUUUUACUCUUGUCUUUUUUGUAAAAUAAGUUCCUAACUGUUUUUAUUUAUUUUUUUUUUAAAUGUAUAUUGUUGUCUGUCUUACCUCUUUACAUGAACCUGCCAGAGGACUGCAGAUGGAGAUUAGCCUAAGGCUACAAUCUGGCAUAUUUAGUUGUAUUGCUGUUCAUAAAUAUGCAAUGUCCUCUCUUUAAAUAAAGUAAAUAAAAUAAAGUAA